GUUCGGAUGUCAAAAAUUGUAGUGUGGCUUAUUUAACGCGAGUUAAGAAAUAAAAUUGAUAUAAUAAAAUUAAAAGAAAUACCGUGAAAUUGUAAUAGCCAGCUUAUGAUGAGUACAAAUGUGCAAAGUUACUUUUAAUAAUGAGAGAUUAAGCAAAUGUUACAUCAAAGGGAAGUUGCCGACGACGUUACAACAAAAGUUCAUAAAAUAAAAUAUAACAACAAUAAAAAAUAAAAUAAAUUAAAACAACAGUCUAAAUAAUUAAAGUAGAUUAAAAGCAGUUAAGUACCGCCAGUCAGACGUUUAUAACACAUUAAGCGCUCCAAAGCCAAACAACAAUAGCAGCAAAUAAGCAAAAAGUAUGCGCACCAAAUUUGUUGUUACUACUUACACGUAUACACACCUACACGCGCUAGUAUGGCUCACGCCGUCGAAGUUGCCGGCAAACGGAAUGCCACAAAGCCAAUAACAGCAGCAGCGCAUAAAAAGCAACAACUACGUCGACUAUUUUUGCUGUUGCAAGUUUGCAUUGCUGUUUUAGUGGCCAGCAGUUGUUUGGCAUUGCCAUCGGCAGCCGACGCGAAACGUCUCGAUGGUCGUCAUUUUCAUGCUCAUCAUGAGCAACAACAACAGCAUGCACAUCACAGGCGCCGUUUGCAGCGCGAUUCGACCAGUAAAAUUUUGAACACACGCGAACAUGCAGCAGCGUGCGGGAUUACUUCAUGACGAUCGACAUUAAGCUGGCAGGCA